AUGCCCGAGCAAUUCGGUCUCAUCCUCGAUGGCUGGAGCCAUGGUACGGAGCACUACUUAACCGUCUAUGGCUGCUACGAGGUGGCGACGGGGCCGCAGUACCCUCUGCUGUCGCUGGCUCCGACGACUAGCAACUGCUUGUUUUUGGUCGGCGACAACUGCGCCGCCAACAAACGGCUUGCCAAUCUUCUAGGCGUGUCGCUUAUUGGCUGCGCUAGUCAUCGACUUAACCUUGUGGUGCGUGACUAUCUGAAGCCGUUCGAAGAAAGUCUCGACCAAGUUCAGCAACUGGUGCGGAAGUUACGCACACUGAAGCAGAACGAAAACGCCAUUGGCCGCUACUACCUGCCGUCCCGCGCAACUCACCGCAAGCUCGACGAGCUUCUGGCCAGCCUUUGCGACGUGGAGUCCGUGUCCAAGCGACUUCAAGCUGACGGGCUGACGAUGUUGGACGCUCGAGACCUCUGUGACGGCCUCGUGGAGAUCCAGCCCUCAUUUUCCAAGUGCCAGGCUGCUAAUGCAGACAUUGUACACUCUGUUAUAUUCGAACAGGCUGCCUGUAAAGUGCUGGCGGGGCGUGCAGUAUCGCUUACGGACGAAGAAACCGACAUUCUUGAGCCUUUUAAGCGAUGCACGGUGAGCAAUACUGAGGUGCAGGCUACACGCAAGGAAGGAUUCGCCGAUCGCAUCCUCAAGCGGCGCAAGGUGAGCGCAGAGCCAGCGAGUUACGCGCUAUUGGGAGCCAUUCCACCCACGUCGAACAUUGUUGAGAGGCUCUUCAGUGUAGCGCGGUCUGUGCUACGGCACGAGCGUCACCGUCUAUCUCCAAUGAUGCUGGAGAUGAUCUUUUCUUAA